AUGGGGAUAGGCAAUCCCCUCCCGGGGGAUUUGGUGGAUGUGGAUAACCUCUCCCUCACCCUCUCCAUCCCCAUCCGUAUCCGUAUCCGGAAGAAAGGCGGAUACUCAAACACCCUCGCAAAGAGGUCCCUGCGUUCUUUGAUCCCUGUGCCUAGGCGCAGCCCUGUCUCCUCCCUUUCGCUUUCCCUUCCCGUCUCCGUCUCCCUUUCCUCUGCCGCCCUCCCCAUCUCCCUCCUCGCCUCCGCCGCCCCAGUCCCUGUCCUAUCGCUCCUCCCCUCCCGCCCAACCCCACCUCCCCUCGAUGUCCUAUCACUCCUUGCCUCCUCCGUCUCUCUCACCGAGGACAACAACAACAACAACGACAAAAACCCCUCUCACGUUAUCUUCUCUACUUACCUCCGCGGAUCCCUACGUCCAAUCCGAAGCACAAGCUCCUCUCCUGUCCCAAUACCCGCUCCAGCUGUUCCUUACAUCACCACCUCGACCCCCUCCUCGCACCUCUCCACACUCCACCCCCUUUCCACCUCUCCCCAACCUCCCUCUACACCCACACCGACGCGCUCCAAUAAUAAUGCUCGCGUUCCUACCACUACCACUAGCAAUCCCUCGUCCAUUGACUCUCGUACCCAAAGCCAUGGACGAAACCGAAGAUGCCUUCCUAUCACGCGAGAAUUAACCACCGCGCCCUCCAGGAUCACCUACAAAGCAAAGCGUUCCAACCGAGAGGUCCUACGGGAGCGCCUCCAGAACAAUUCAGCUCUCAGAGAUCACUUUGAGUCUAGUCGCGAUGUUCACCACUACAAGAAGCUGACACGUCCAACUAUCCAUAAUCAUGAAAAUGUCAAAGGUCAUUAUAGAGAAUUUGCGGUGUACGUUCAAGAAAUUUUUGAAGAAGGCAGGUCCGAGAAACAAGCCCAGCCUGCAGAAAUUGUUAUAGGAACACCCUUGCCUCCAUUAGAAUAUGUGAAGGACUUUGUCUGCUAUUUAGCAUCUGCCCUCCUUGGUAGAGAUGCCUCCACGUUCAUCCGUUUGGAAACCCUGAGGGGCUAUAUGUACACCUUCCUUGCACUUUGGCCUCGCUACGCAAAUGUUCAUCCAACUCCGGAAAUGUGCUACCAAGUGCGCUCCUAUCUGUUAUCUGAGGAACUGCAGGCAUUAGUGAAACUUUCAACCAAGGUUAGGACAUUGAAGCACAUCGAACCUCAAUGUCUUCAAAUCAUCAUGGAGACUCUUCAUUCGGCCACAAAUAUCUUUCGCUCUAACCAAACUCGCCUGCAGAUGGCAUUCCUCAUUCUCUUUUCUGCUGCUUCUGCUGCUCAUCCUGGUUCUGUCAUUGAAUCAGCUUGUUAUUGCGGUUCCAACGAGGCUCUCACCUGGGGUGACGUUGACUUUUAUCUUAUUCCUGAUGAUGAGGAUCCGGCUCAUCCCUCCCUUGUCGUCGACAUUCAACUCAACCUUGUCAAGGGUUAUCGCGACAUGGACCACCGAUAUCAAAAACUGCUGUUCACUCUCGAACUUCGCAAGGAGCAUCUCUUUGCUCAUUUCCACUCUAUCGAGAGUCUCCUUUGCCCCGAAAAACCACCCACCACACGAGUCAAGAUUUUUCUUCGAAACGAAGUGCUAACUCUUCCUGUGUUGCGAAAGGAGGAAAAGGGAGGAGGUGGCAAGAUAUUGAAGACUGAGGCAUUUGCCUAUGAUGGAUUACUUCAUUAUCUGAAGUCACUUUCUAUUGCUGCAGGAUUCCUAGAACCCCUUACUCCAUAUGACUUUCGUGCGUCUCAGGGAAACAAAGCAGAUGUGGAUCUUGGGGAAACUGUGAGAAAGACGUUAAUGUUGCAUGACCCAAACUCCAAAAAUAAAUACAAGUCGAAAACCAUAACCGCUGACCUAUCCGCUGUAUCUAAUCGUAGAGGUCAGGAUGAAAAUAGAAUAACACUCUUUCGGACAGUUAUCGCUGCCUCAUCAGGUCAAGAUACUAAUGCACCUCAACAUCUGUCUUUGGAGGAGAGGGCGAAACUAUUGAAUGAGCCGGAACUUGUCAAGCUACAAAACGAAAAGGAUGAGAUUCACCAAUUGCUAGCUGACGAGCAAUCUGAAGAAGUCAAAAAUCAAAUCAUUGAGUUGCGUCAAAUUGCAGCCAAAGCCUCAAACACCUAUUGUUUUAUGUACUUGCGUGAAUCAGAUCUGCGUAUCAAACAAGCUCGUCAAAAAUUCUUCGAUGAAGCUGCCGUCCGCCAAAUGGUCAAUCCGACCGAGCCUGUGUUGGGCAUGAGUGCUGGUGGCUUAGAUGACAAGCAAUAUAGGAUUGAAUCUUCAUUCGCAAGUCUGGUCAAGGAUCUCGAUAGUGGCGAUCCUGUCACCGAUUGUUGUACACUGGUCAAUGUUUUUAUCGCGCAGCCGGAACGGAUAAUCUGUCAAAAAUUCUAUCCCGGUGAAAGACCUGAUGAUGAAAACAGAUGUCCUCAUUGCUCAGAAGACCUCACUACCUUGAAAAAGACCAAACCUGGUGAACAUGGGUUCGAAGAUACGUUCAUCGAUUCUACGACUACUUCCACUCUUAGCACCAGAAACCACGAAGUACAGAGUACAUACCACAAACUCAAACACACACACCAUCGCCAAACACAUACCACGAACUACAAACCACUUCCACUUUCACACCACCAAGACUCAGACUCAGACACUCGCGUAAUGGCAUCCUCAUUCGCAGCAUACGCAUCGCAGUUCCUCACCAACGCACGUGGCAAUCCCAAUACCAACACGGGGACGGAGACGGAGUCGGGUGUCGAGCCGUUGUUUUAUUCGUUUACUACUUCAGAGGGAUCUGAUGCCGAGAAUGAGGAUGAGGAGAGAGGGAUAGGGAUAGGGAUAGGGAGAGGGACUGGGACUGGGACUGGGAGAGGGACUGGGACUAGAAGAGGGGAUGAAUACGAUUUCGACACGGACGAUCCACAUUUGGGGAGUGGGAGUGGGAGUGGGAGUGGGGUGUCUGGGUAUGGGUAUGGGUGGUUGGCGCAUCAGGGGUACGAGGGUGGGGAUCCGAGGGAGGAGGGUAACGAUAACCAGGAUAGGGAGAGUGAAAGUGGGAGUGAAGACGGGGACCUACCCUCUGGCCUAAUCGCCUCCGGGCUUCGUAUCCCCCCACGCACAAACGCCUUCGACUCGUUAUCAGAAUCACUACUUCCCCCAACUGAACCCACAUCAUUCAACCUCCCCUCUCCCCGUCGUCGUCGUCCUCGCAAGACCCAGGACGCAGUAUGGACGUGGAUCUGGGGAGGUCCUACUACCCACCCUCCCCCUUCUAAUCCCACUAAUCUUCCUCUCCGCCUUUGCUUCGUAUCUGCACCUUGUGUUUCUCCGCUUAUGGAUGCGUCCAGUGAUGUUCCUCAGCGCACUCGGAACUCCGCUUUUGUUGCUGGGAUCUGGGGUGUGGGGGUUACUCGCCUCCUACUCUACCACCUGUACACGCUCUACAUCGCCUUUCCACGCCUCGUCGCACAGGUUAACCAUACACAUGCUUUGCUCUCGCUUUCGACUUUUCUUCUUUUUGCAUACCCCCACCCCUCCUUCCCCUCCCUCCUCCUCCCCCUCCUCAGCCCCCUCCUCCUCUUCUCCUUCCUCCUCCUCUCCAUCCCCUUCGCCAUCGUAAUAUCCACCGCACCAACACCCUGGACACUCUUCGCAGCAGCGGUGUGGGUGUGGACGUGGGGUGUGACUCGGGGAGUGUUGAGGGUCACCACCGCAGCGGUCGUGGGGGGGUGGUAUUAUGGGGUGCCGUGGGCACCACCCUUAACCUCGGAUGUGGACUUGGAAGCGCACUUGGACUUGCAUUUGGACUUGGACCCGGACCUGGACUUGAACCAAUCCCCCCUCCCAUCCCCCUCCUCUCCCCCCUCCCUCCUCCUCCUCUCCGCCCUCACACGCGCAUCCCACUCCUCCCUCGGCUCCAUCGUCGUCUCCGCCCUCCGCGAAACAACACUCUCCUCACUUUCCUUGGUCAUCAGAGUCCUGUUACUCGGUGUUCCCGCGUUACUCUUUUCUUUGGUUUCUUUUUUCUGUAUGGCUUUGGGUUCUUCGAUACUGCCUUCCCCGGUUUCCCCUCUUUCUCCUCUUCGAUUAGUCCGGCUUUCUCCUGUACUCCGAAUCAUUGGAUUCCUUCGUGUACCGCUCUCCCCUCUAACCCAAUUCCUCACCCGCCGCCUCACCAACCUCAUCCACAUCCCCCACACCUCCCCCUUCCCACAGAUAUACAUCGCUCUCACCGGGGUGUCGUAUCGCACUGCCACGCUUCGCACUGCGUCCCUGCGUGGUUCCGUUUCUUCCCUGCGUGGUUCUUCUCAACUUCACUUGAGCUCAGGAGAAUCAGGAGGCCUAGGAGGGUUCGGAGGGUUCGGAGGGUUCGGAGGGUUCGGAGGGUCAGGAGAACCAGGAGGAUCACGAGGCUCAAGAGGCUCAGGAGAAUCACGAGGCUCAAGAGGACUAGGAGGUCUAAGAGGAGGGUUCGGAGGACCCUUAACCAGUUUCCCAUCCCUCCUCUCCCCCCUCUCCCCACCCCUAUCUCUCCCCCUCCCAUUCGCGUUGAUUACGUACUAUUUCUUCGUUUCGCACUCUCCCGCUGGUACCCAACCUCCCACUUCCCUUUCCCUUUUCCCCUACACCCCCUUUGGUACCCAACCUCCCACUAAUACCCCACCCCAAGCUGCACCACCUCCCCUCGGAGCACCACAGGCACUCAACACCCCACUCGCCCUCGCUCCCCUCGAAGCAUGGCAAGCCUCCCUCCUCGCAGCCCUAACCACCGCCCUCGUGGGGAUCUUCUGCGUCGGCGUGCUGCGCGACGUGGGGGAUGCGCUGUGGGUUUGUUGGGUUGGGGAUGUGGGGAGGGGGGAGAUGGAGACGGGGGCGAGGAGGUUCCAGAGAACGGGGACGGAGGGGAGGGGGAGGGUGGAGGAGACGGGGACUGAGGCGGAGGGGAGGGAGGGGUUAGAAUUGGGAACGGGGAUCAAAGAACGCAGGGACCUCGUUGCGAGGGUGUUUGAGUAUCUGCCUGCGAGGGGUACGAGGGGUACUCGAGAUAGGAGGGAUAUGGGGGGUACUUCGAGUCCGAGGGAAGAAGGAGAAGGUGAGGGUGAGGUGGAGGGAUCGGCGGAGGUAAUCCACAUCAACCAAAUCCCCCGGGAGGGGAUUGCCUAUCCCCAUCCCCAUCCCCAUCCCCAUACCCCUUCUUCCCAUCCUCCUUCUCCGACACCUCAGACACCUCAGAAGUAUGUUCCUCUGAAACAGGGACGGGAGGCGGUUCCUCAGGUUCCUCCGAGUGCUCGUCUUGUUCUUUCGGACUCCCACGACCUCACAGACUCCCAUGACCUCACAGACACAGACGACGCAGCAGCAGACGCAGAAGACGAGGAUAUCAACCCAUUCCAUCAUUCUCCGAACCCAUCUGCUUCUUCCUCCGCACCAGCGAAGGGACCUCUGCCGCGAUCCGCUUCGUCGUCCCUUUCCUCGCUCUCCGAUUCAUCAGAGACGGAGUUGUUUCCUGGGAGUGGGUUGUUUGGAUAG